CCGCGCUCGUGAGGCGCGCCGUGACCUUCCGCGCCGCUCGUCGCCCGCGCCCGCGGGCGCCUCUCGCGCAGGGCACGAUGGGAUUCGUCUUUUCGAAAGCCAUGAACGAAAACCUGAAAGCCCAGCAGGAGUUUAUGCUCAUGAACUCACGGCUGCAGCUGGAAAGGCAACUACUGAUGCAGAAUCAGAUGAGAGAAAGACAAGCAGCCAUGCAGAUUGCUUGGACGCGAGAAUUUCUGAAAUACUUUGGGACUUUUUUUGGACUUGCUGCUGUAGGUUUAACAGCUGGAGCGAUAAAAAAGAAGAACCCAGGAGUUCUACUGCCAAUAGUUCCCCUAAGCUUUAUAUUUGCCUAUCAAUAUGAUAUGGGCUAUGGGACAAUGUUGCAAAGAGUAAAAGGUGAAGCAGAGAACAUAUUAGAGGCACAGAGCACUUCGCUAGAACUGCCAAAAGGACCACUUACUUAUGAAGGCCUGGAAAAAAUCAGAAGAGCUCAGAGCAAGUUCUACAUAGAAAAAUAGGAAGAUGGUCACAGAGCUUUAUAUCUGAAAUGAAUAUGAUUGUAAUCAUGUUUUUUGGACUUCAAUGAAUCGUUAAAGUUUUGAGGAAAUUAAAUGCUUUUAUAAAAUGAAAGAUAAUUCAUUUUUUAAAAAGUGGUACUGUAUAAAGCAAUGAUUUUCCUCUGUAUCUCUUGAAAAUAUCCAUGGUUGCUGUAGUGUUUUUUUUUGUUGUUGUUUAGAAUGAGACAUUGAAUUCCCACUGUCUAAUUAGAGUCUGAAAAUAACUUUCAACUGUAGCAAAAGUAGAUGGUACUGAGAUGAAAACUCACUGUAAUCAAUAAAAAUAACUUAAUUGCUGGUUACAAAUUUGUACAACUCUGGCCAAAAUUUUCAAAUCUAUUAGAGUAUCCACAGCUCAAUUUGAAGUCGGGAAUAGACAACUUCUUUGAAAAACAGGACAUUUUUUAGUUGCUGUUCUUUUGGUAGUAAAGUGACUGUUUCUGCUUCAAUUCUGGAAUAAACAGCUUUUAUCAAGGAAGUUCAGAAAAAAAUACAUCACUUGCUAACUGUGUUUUACUCUUAGGAAAAAAAAUGUAUUAAAGUACAAGCAGAGAUAAUUUCUCAGAAAGAGAAAACAAAUUAUAUAGCUAUUUCCUGAAUCUUUUUAUGCCUGUUUGACAUUCUGAAACUCAGGAUAAUUUGUUUAUACAAAAUCAGAGUUUCACCACUAAGAUGAAUAUUAACUUUAGCUAGCAGCAGGCAAAAUCAUUAAUGUAUGUUUUGUAAUGUUUAGAUCCAAGUGGCCUUACAAGUACUGGAAAACUGAGGGAUUACUUGCAUGCCUUUACUGUAGCAUGGUAUAUACUGAGAAUGUAAUUUUAGUAUAGUUCAGUGUUCUGACACUGUAUGUGGCAAAAAGUGCAUCUUUUUCUAGCAGAAGUCUUGUUUAAAAACACAUUGUCAUGUGUUUUGGGUGGAAACACUUUGAGCGUUAAUCUGAGAGGCUGAAAAACAAAUGCUCAAAAAGUACUAGAACUGAAUUAAGCCUAAGUCUUUUGCUAAUGUCCUUUUAAGCUGUAAUUUUUGUAUUAACAAUUUGUGGACUUAUAAAAUCUUAACUUCCAGCGGGAGAUGAUGCCCAGAUUAGAAACUAAUGUAUUUUUGAGACUACUACACUGAAAUGAGGAUAUUGUUACAGUAAGACAGGUGACUAUAUCAUAUAACAAACACUACUCAGAGGGUAUCAAAAAAAGAUAAAUUUACAGGUGUUAGAUCAGUUCCUGCAAGUGCAUUUGCUGCUGCAUUCAAGUACUUUUGCAGUUGGUUCUGUGUGGCUCUCUCAUCAAGAUCUGUAACAGACUUCAAAAGUGAUGCAUUUUAAUAUGCAGAGUGGUAAAAUAGGCUAUAAUAGCUUGUUUGGUUGUAAUAGCUUGGCCUAGACUUUUAGGAGUUACUCCCAAAAUGCAACCUAAGACCUCAUCAUGUUUGCUGUCUGUUUUGUGGCAUAAUGUUUUACCACCAAAACACCUGUUCUGACUUGCUGCUAUCUUCCAUUCUGUUCCUGGGAUUUAUACACUCUUUCUUACUCCUUUUGUUUUGGAUAGCUGUUGGUCUGCUAGCUUCCACCAAGUUUUGAAGUGGGCCUUGCUUUAAUUUUGAAGAUGUUCUAGCAACCUUUUGUGCUGUCACCUCUAUUAUCUAUUGAUAGUCUUCCUUCCAACAAAGAAACUCAACUAUACCAGCAUGUUUCUGUUAUCUGUAUGUCUUCACCUGUGCCUUUUAAUCUACCUUGUAAUACUGUGAAAUAAAUUUUUACAGGGAGAGCAGUUUUAAUUGUUCAUUCUACAGUUUUAGUUACAGCUUGUAGAAAAUUAAGAAAUAUCCAUACUGUGAAGUACAAAUUAGUAUCUGUGUGUUGGUGAUAGAUGGCUUGCUAUGGAGUUUGAUCAAAGAGUGGUGCUAAAGGAAGCAAGCAGGCUAAGCAAAAUAAUGACCCAGGUAGCAGUUUGUAGGAGAUAGCAGGGAAGCUACUUAUUAUUUCAUCCUAGUUAAAUGUGAUUUUUUUUUACCCCCAGAGUUAAACUUAAGAUCAAUAGCAUUAAAGUCAGGGAGGUAAGGCAACUUUAGCUGGAUAUUUUCCAAAGAGCAUCAGUGAAAGUUGACAGAUUUAUAUCAUAAGGGAAAACCAGGAUGUUCUGGACAGGACAGUCUAAUGCCGAAUUCUGAAAAUGGAUUUAAAUGGGCUACACAGAACAUGCCAAAGAUUGUCAAGAUGUUAAGGGUUAGUCACAUUUAUUGUUUUACUUUCUGUUCUUAGCUUUCUUUUUUCUGGGUAAAUAAACACUUAUUACUUUGAAAAUA